AUGGCAAGCUUGCCGGUCAGAUGGCAAGCUUGCCGGCCAGAUGGCAAGCUUGCCGGUCAGAUGGCAAGCUUGCCGGCCAGAUGGCAAGCUUGCCGGCCAGAUGGCAAGCUUGCCGGCCAGAUGGCAAGCCAGCCGGCCAGAUGGCAAGCUUGCCGGCCAGAUGGCAAGCUUGCCGGCCAGAUGGCAAGCUUGCCGGCCAGAUGGCAAGCUUGCCGGCCAGAUGGCAAGCUUGCCGGCCAGAUGGCAAGCUUGCCGGCCAGAUGGCAAGCUUGCCGGCCAGAUGGCAAGCUUGCCGGCCAGGUGGCAAGCUUGCCGGCCAGAUGGCAAGCUUGCCGGCCAGAUGGCAAGCUUGCCGGCCAGAUGGCAAGCCAGCCGGCCAGAUGGCAAGCUUGCCGGCCAGAUGGCAAGCUUGCCGGCCAGAUGGCAAGCCAGCCGGCCAGAUGGCAAGCCAGCCGGCCAGAUGGCAAGCCAGCCGGCCAGAUGGCAAGCCAGCCGGCCAGAUGGCAAGCUUGCCGGCCAGAUGGCAAGCUUGCCGGCCAGAUGGCAAGCCAGCCGGCCAGAUGGCAAGCUUGCCGGCCAGAUGGCAAGCUUGCCGGCCAGAUGGCAAGCUUGCCGGCCAGAUGGCAAGCUUGCCGGCCAGAUGGCAAGCUUGCCGGCCAGAUGGCAAGCUUGCCGGCCAGGUGGCAAGCUUGCCGGCCAGAUGGCAAGCUUGCCGGCCAGAUGGCAAGCCAGCCGGCCAGAUGGCAAGCUUGCCGGCCAGAUGGCAAGCUUGCCGGCCAGAUGGCAAGCCAGCAGGACAGCCAGUUAGAAAAGAACCAGGGGAGCCAGCCCCAUCCUGUCAGAUAUGAGAGAUUUAGGGGAGCCGUUCACCUGCUGGACUUAGAACGACUUGCAGUCGUUGGCGAUCGGGUGCGACUUUUACGAACGGAGCUCGGCGGGUUUAUGAGCGCUCGCCGAUUGUUAAGACGAGUCGAUAAUCUUUUAAUGCCAGUUUUAAUUGUCAGUAAAGUCAAGAGCAACUUGGCCGCAUGCAUUGUGUUAUAUAACCCCUUAGGGUGGGUCUAUAUGGGUCCAGACGCCCCCGGUAUGGUCGGCAUCUCUCCAUAUGGACAGUACAUAGUAGACCUCAUCUCUUCUGUAUGGGCCAGAGUUCCGUAA